CGGAUCGGCGGCGAUUGGCCGACAGUAGAACGAUGCCCUCUCGCGCACUGCACGGUCGUGCUUCUGUAUUUUUCGGCGUCGUUCGCGUUUUCGUUCGCCCGUCGUGUUUUCGUUCAUCUCUCACCAAAACGCGAACACAUCUCCACCCCACGAAUAUAUUAAAGUCAUUAUAAUAUUGUUAUUAUUUUUGUUCAACGAAAAUCAACAAGAAUUGCGCAUAAAUCGUUUUAAAUAUAUAAAUAUUAACUAUUAAGUACCUAAUAAUGAUAAUUAAAUGAUAAUACAUACAUUGUUACAAAUAAUAUGUUAGUAUUAAGUGAAUAAUCUCUAAUAAAAACGCGUCUGUGUUAUUAGUGUAAGUGACAAAUAUCUUAAUCUCUGUGGAAUAUUGGAUAUACCAGUCUGAAGACUUGGUAUAUGCAUCAAUUUGCCAAAGAAUAAACGGUUAUAAGUCUAAUGGUUAUAAUAUGUGUAUCUAAUAUAAAUGAUUCAAGCGCUGUACAAAAAGAGGAGGAAAUAAAGACAAACGGAAAUAGGAGCUUGAUGGAUGAUAUUGUGUGUGCCACAAAAGUUACCUUACCAUCCAACUUAAGUUGUAAUAAUGCCUUGUCUUUAAGUACAGAAUGGUGUAAUGUCAUUGAUAAGGCUGAUCACUUUGCUGUAAUAGCAAGAAAUAAGAUUACCGGGGUGGUAGUUGGAGGAGGAGCUGGCUCCCUCUGCCAUUCCCGACAAUCAUCACCAUCGUUUGUGUUGCAUUUGCCCACCAUCCCCCUAAAUUGGUCUGUGAUAUCCAGCUCAACAUUUAGAUUUACUAGAGAUCCUCCGUCCCAUCAACAAACACAGGAUUUGUAUGGUACGAUGGUAACUGCCAGUGACGUUGAUAGUUCUACAAGGGGGGGAACUGGAAAACGAACCUUGCUGGCUUGCUACUCUGGUGCUCACAUUAAAGAUGUUACUACUACUAUUAGUUUUAGGGUUAAGUCUAAUUGUUCAACAAGUGAUAAUGACAGUGAUGAUCAAAGCGCAAUGUACAAAACCAUUCCAUUUAACAAACUUUAUGUUGAUCCGAUCGCACAGUACAAACGAAAUUGGGGUAUUUCCACUGUAUGUCGUUUGUUAGGAGGUGGUGAAACAACUCUGGCAUCUGGUAACGGUACAGCUACAGCUGGUUGGGGAAAUCCCGGCACUACACAAGUACCCGCAUCUGUCACUGGUACUUCGAACUGGAAUACAAGUCCACUUGUUGAUGGUCAAUCUCCACCAAAUGCUGUCUCUAAUGGCCCUUGGCAACAAAGCCCUCAGUCCUCUAGUACCAGCUCAAAUAAUACUAGUCAAACAUCUAACAUAGGUAAUAAAGGACAAAGUUCAAACCCUGGAUCAUCAAGCGGCAAUGGUACUAUAUCUACAUCACAGGCCACUAAUCAACAAAAUACUACAUCAUGGGCUCAGGCAGCUGGAAAAAACCUACCUGCCUCUUCAGUACCUCAGGUUACUGGUAAUUCAUCAACAACAACUACUACAGCUAGCACUACUUCAGGCGCAGUUUCUAAUCCUCAAUCUAGUAAUUCACCUCCAACAAAUGGUGGGAAUGGAGCUACUAACUCCUCAACUAAACAACAAUUGGAACAAAUAAAUACAAUGCGAGAAGCUUUAUAUGCUCAAGAUGGAUGGGGCGGCCAACAUGUUAAUCAAGAUAGUCAGUGGGAUGUUCCGCAUAGUCCAGAACCUAAUACUAAGGAUGGACCAUUAACAGGAUUAACUGGUGGUCCUGGAUGGAGCAAAGUCAAUAAUGGUACAGAUUUGUGGGAAGCAACUUUACGAAAUGGUGGACAACCUCCUAUACAAAUUCCAGUACAAAAUGCAUCUAAAACACCUUGGGGACAUACUCCAGCGUCCAAUAUUGGCGGUACUUGGGGUGAAGAUGAUGAUGUUAGUAGUGUAAGUGGAGCAGAAGCAAAUACAGGUAAUUGGGGCAUAAAUCCAACUACUACUAUGAGCAAUCAGUGGGGUCAAGGACAACCUCCUCCACAAGGACCGGGUGGUCCAAUGUGGGGAGGGCCUCCUAAGAAAGACAUUGGACCUGAAGGUCAAUCCUGGAAUUCUGGCAAUACUGCAUGGAAUGAUCUCAAUCGGCCACCAGGAUCUAUUGAUCAGGGUCCUCAUCGUCGAGACAUUUUACCGAAUGGAAUUGUUGAUCAUAGCAGAGGAAUUGGUAGUGAUGCUCGUGGUGGUAUAAGUGGUCGUUUGAAUGGUACUUUAUCAGGUGGUGGUGCUGGUAUGGAACCUAUGUGGGGUGGACCACCACCACAUCACAUGCAACAUCAUGUUCAACCUCCAUCAGUUGGACCACCACCUUCAGUUAUAGCUACACCAGGUGCAAAACUUGGACAAGGACCUGUGCCAGUAAUUAAUCAGUGGUCAGGACCACCACCACCCAAAGAUUUAAAUCCUAUGAAUAACAACAACAAAGGAAAUGGAUGGGAAGAACCUUCACCCACAGAUCACAGGCGCAAUUUAUUAAAUUAUGAUGAUGGCACAUCUUUGUGGGGAAAUACUCAAACUAGGCCCAAUGUGCCUGGCGGUGGUUUAUUGAGCACUCAACACAAUAUGAGUAAACAUUGGGGUAAAGCUGAUAUGGCUGCUGCAGUGGCUGCUGCAGCUGGUAGGAAUAAUAAUGGUUCUGGUAAUAUGGGUAAUCAAUGCCCCCCAGGUGUUCCACCGAAUAGAGCAGGUAUGCCACCUAGCAAAAUGGUUGAUCAACAACAAUUGUGGCCUGGAAAUCCAAGAAAUGGUACAUGGGGUGAUGUUGGUGGAGGAAGUCAACAUGAUUUGAAUGUUGCUGGUCCUUGGGGUGAAGAUAAAAUGGGUUUAAGUGGAAAUGCAGGUGGUCCUUGGCCAAAUUCUGAAUGGGGACCAGGUCCUAAAUCUAAAAAUUCAUGGGGUGAUUGUGGUAACAAUGAUAUGGAUCAAAGUUCUUGGGGACAGAAGAAUAUUGGACAAAAGAAUCAAAAUAAAGAUUAUAUAUGGCAAAGUAAAUCAUACAGAAUUCUUGCUGAAAUGGGAGUCAAGAAAGAGGAUGUUGAAGCAGUUACACGUUCUUAUAAUAUUAGUAUGGAAGAAGCAUUAGAGUUUUUGAUGUCUACUAGAGGUCCUGGAGGAGGAGGUUUAGAUUCAUGGAAUACACAUAGUGGUCGUGGCCAACAUCCAGAUGAUCAAAAUCCAUUUGAUCGAUCUAAUAUUAAUCAACAACGAUUCAACUCACAACAACUACCUUUUGCUGUGCCAUCUAUUGGAAAUAAUUCUAACCAACAACAAGCCAUGCUACAGAAAAUAUUAGCCCAACAGCAGCCACCUGCACAACAAAAUACGAUGCAACAACAAUAUUCUCAGGGUGGCGGUUCAAGGCAAAUGCAAAAUCAACCUACCGCACAACAGUUAAGAAUGUUAGUGCAACAAAUUCAAAUGGCUGUGCAAGCAGGAUAUUUAAAUCACCAAAUACUAAAUCAGCCAUUGGCACCACAGACAUUAAUUAUGCUUAAUCAGUUACUGCAGCAGAUCAAAAUUUUGCAACAGAAUGUUCAAAUACAAGCAGCCGUUGCUAAUAAUCCCAAAUCUGGCCCUGCCAUGGUGACAGCUGCAAUAGCCAUCAAUAAAGCCCGGCAACAAAUAGCAUCACUACAAAAUCAAAUCGCUAACAAUCAAGCCAUGCAUAUGAAAGCACAAGCCCACCAAAAUCAGUCCAACUUUUCUGGUUUAUCUGGUUUAAUGGGUGGUCAGGUCGGUGAUUUCUUCAAAAAUGAUCCGUUAACACUUUUGCAAUCAGGUUUUUCUGAUUUAUCAAUGAAUAAAGAUUCUCAAAUGAGUGGACAAGGAUUCCAAACAAGUCAACAAUCAAGGUUAAACCAGUGGAAAUUACCUAAUUUAGACAAAGAUGAUUUAGGAAUGGGCAACGAUUUUAGCAGAGCACCAGGAGCCAAUUCUAAAUCUACUCCUGGAAAUACUUCUCCUACCUUCAAUUCAUUACUCAGCCAAGGAGACGGUACUUGGACUAAUGUUGGUGCUCGUUCUGAUAGUGGAUGGCCAGACAAUGCUGAAGACAAUAAAGAUAUUUGGCCCAACAAUGGAUCAAACUCUCAGUCUAAUUCUACGUCAUCUGCAUUUGCUACUGAUCUUGUGCCCGAAUUUGAACCAGGAAAACCGUGGAAGGGUAAUCAGAUGAAAAAUAUUGAAGAUGAUCCUACUAUUACACCUGGUUCAGUAGUGCGUAGUCCACUAUCAUUAGCAGCCACAAUUAAAGACUCAAAUAAUUCAGACUUGUUCAACAGUGGUGGAAAGACUUCACCAACUAAUUCUCAAUCAACAGUUGAUAUGCCAUUAACACCUUUGUCUCUUUCAUCUUCAACUUGGAGUUUUAAUCCACCUCCUUCAUCUACACAAUCAUCAUUUACUAGUCCACUAGGAAAAGUGAAUGGACCAAAAAACAAUUGGGCUGAUAAUAAUCCUGGAAGUGAUCUUUGGGGUGGUGUUUUAGGAUCAAGCGGUAAGUCUCGUGGACCACCACCUGGACUGACUGGAGGUUCUAACAAAGCAGGAAAUGCACCUAAUAAUGGUUGGCCUCGAUGGCCUUCCAAUAAUACUUCAUCGUGGCAAUCCUCAUCUAAUAAUGUAGCUAGUACAUGGCUAUUGCUAAGAAACUUAACACAACAAAUUGAUGGAUCAACAUUAAAAACUCUUUGCAUUCAACAUGGACCAUUGUUGAAUUUUCAUAUGUAUUUAAAUCAUGGAAUAGCAUUAGCCAAAUAUUCAACUAGAGAAGAAGCUAGCAAGGCUCAAGGAGCGUUGAACAAUUGUGUACUUGGCAAUACAACAAUAUUUGCUGAAUCACCUACAGAUGCUGAAGUACAAAUGCUACUUACACAUCUGAGUGGUGGUGGGGGCAACACAAGUGGCAACAAUUCUGCUCAACAACAACAACAACAGCAACAACAACAACAGCCGAACUGGAAUAAUGGCCGGAAUGGAAAUAUCGGCAACUCUCAGGGGCAACAGGGUUCAGAUACUUGGGCCAAUAAUCAACUGUGGGGUGGCAACAACUCUGGACCUCCUGGUAAUACAUCCUCUCUUUGGGGGGCUGGAGCUGACCAAAUUGAUCCACACCGCACCACUCCAUCAUCUUUAAAUUCUUUUAUGCCUGGCGAUCUUUUAGGUAGUGAAACAAUGUAAAGAUAAAUACGUGUAUAUAUAUGUAUAUAUAUACAUAUAUAUUUAUACAUACAAUCCUGACUUAUAACAGAGUCCAAAUAUAACGUCAUUUUUAUAAUAAGGUCUUAGAACACCAUGAACACUUAAUCGACUUAUUUAUUAAGCUUAAAACAAAUCGAGCCAAGUUUAUAUUUUAGAUAUUAUAUAAUUUUAUUCUGCUUGCCAUUCGACUCUGGGUAAUCGUUUUGGCAGCACACCUAUAAUUUUUUAAGACUUGAAUGUUUUUAUUUUAUUAAUUUAUAAUGUGAGUUCUUCUUUUUAUUUUUAAUUGUAUACUACCAAAGUAAAUAAGGAUUAAAAUUUAAUUUUAAUAUUUUAGUAGUUUUGUGACUUUAGACAUUAAGACGGUUACGGGGUGUUUUUAAUUUAUGAAUGAGGUUUUUAGUGAUUAAUUUUAUCAUGUUCACCAGCUACAAUAUUAUAUAUAAAUUUCUUCCUAUGUUUUUUUUUUUUUAUUAUUAAAAAAGGAAUUAAAAAGUAUGAUUAUAAAUUGUUUUAGGAUAGUGUUAAACUUAUAGGUCUAAAAAUAUUAUGUAUAUUAUAUAUAUAUAUAUAUAUAUAUACAUAUAUAUAUAUUUAAAGUAAAAGAUGAAAAGAAAAAAAAAAGCAAAAAUAUUAUUGUCCAUGUUGUUAUUAUUGUUGUGUUUUAAAUUAGAUGGUUAAGUACAAAAAUAUCUUCCCUAUAAAUAUUAAAAGAAAAUUGAUAAUAAUGUAUAUGCGCAUGUGUUUGUAUAUGGGCCUUCAUGUAUUUGAAUAGAUUGUUACUAGUACAAAAACAGUAUUUCGUGUUAAAGACUUAAGCGAUGACCAACCAUAAAAAAUUGUUGCCUAAUUUUUUUUUUAGAUUUUAAUUUCUUAGAUUAUUUAAUGUUAGGAAAUUACACAAUUUUACCUUUUAGCAUUUAAUAAAUUGUUGGGCAUAUCUUUAAUUCAAAUUUAUUAAUGAAGGAGUGAAAAUGAAAGAUAAAAAAUUGGUAGACACAAUAUUCAGUUUAAAUAAAAUAUUUUAAAUCAAAUUUGGGGGAAAUAGCUUUCUUUUUUUUUCUUUUUUUGUGACUGCUUAAAUAUAAAUUAAGACUGAUUAUUUUAAAAAAAAUAUUCAUAUACACACACACACAUACACAUACACAUACGCAUACUAAAUGUUAAAAUACAUUUUCGGUGAUCGUUUGUAAUUUUGAUUUUGUUUUAGCAAUUCGUUUAAGUCAGUUUAUUCUAAAUUCAAAUUAUGAAGACUUGAAAUAUAAUUUAUUGGAAAAUAAAAUUGUAAAAAAAAUAUAUAUAUAUUUAUGUUAUACAUACAAUAUUCCAAUAAAUAAUGUUUUUUUCAUGCACAAUAACAUGAUCUCUAAAUACAAUCAAUUUUGUUGCAAUACAAUAUAAAAUUUGUUAAAACGUUCAUUUAGCAAUAUUUUUUAAAAAUAAUUGAUUUAAAAUAUUUUAUGUUGCAGAACAAAAAAAAAAAAAUGUCAAUUAGUUCUUUAAAGUUUCCCUCCCCAUCCCCUUUGGAAAAAUCACCAGUAAAAUUAGUUUAGCCGUAGAUCUCAAUAUCUGUUGGUUUAUUUUAUUAAAUAGUUUUUUUUUAAGUAUUAUAAAGUAUUGUGGGGUAAAUGUCUUUUUGGAGAAGUAACUUCCCAAAAGUACCAUUUUUAAAACACGUAUGUUGAUAAUUUUAAGACGAUCUAAAACCAAUACGCUUCAUGUGAUAAAUAAAAUUGUUAAAAGAUGCUUAUCCUUAUACUGUGAUCUAUGAAUAUGAAUUUUUUUUUAUUAUUUUUAUUAUUCUUAUUAUUAUUAUUAUUAUUAUUAUUAUUAUUAUUAUUUUAAUACAAUAUAAAUUAAUUUUCUUUCCGACUGACAAAUUUCAUCACCAGUUAAAAAAUUUUUGUUCUGUACUUCCAUAUAUUUUUUUUUUCAAACGUGCCAUUAAACUACAAAUAAAUUAUUUUUACUUAAUUUUUUUGUCAUAAAAAAAAAGAAAAAAAAUUUCUAAAAGUUGUUAACACAAUUUGUUUGAUCUCCUUUUUAGUGUUCUAUUCUCUUACACUUUUCUGUAUUCUUAUUUUUUUGGCACAUCAAUAAUAAAUUAUAAAUUAUUAUAAAUUAAUGUUCCAAAAAACAAAGAAAAAAACAAAAAAAUAUAUGAAAACGGACAGUGAUACUCUCCCAAUUAUUAUUAAAUUUAAGAUUGAUUGUGUUCAGAAGGCAAGUAGAUAUGUCUUCCAUAGUUAUAAAUUUAAAUUUAAUUUAAAUACAUAAGAAUCAUUAAUUGUUUUUUUUUUUUUUUUGUGGGGGAAGGGUGGUGUGAUGCACUCUGCACUAGAAUUAAGUUUUAGAUAAUUUUUAAACACACAAAAAACAUCCGUAGAUAAAUUGUCUUUGCCAAGUAAAACCAAAAAGUAAUAUUAACUCCAUGUUUAUUUUGUUAUUAUUAUUAUUUUUAUUAUUAUUAUUAUUAUUAUUAUUAUAUUAUUAUUAUGAUUAUAUAUAUAUAUAUAUUUUUUUUUUUGCUAAAAAUUAAAACUAAAACUAAAUAACCAAAAUUGAAAGAAAAAAAAUGUAAAAAAAUUAAUGUGUGGUUAAUUUUUAGUCAAUAGUUUUUUAAGCUAAAUAACAUUAUUUUUAAGAUAAUUUGUCACAUGUGUUAACUAUAUACAAAUCGUCCUUCUAUUUUAUAGACUAUUCAUAAUUGAUAAUUAUUAUAUAAAAGUUAUUUUACAUAAUGGAAUCUUUUUCUAAGAUUAGAUAUAAGUUAAGGUGUGUAUGAGAGUCGGGGUUGUGUCAGGGGUAUGUAGUAAUUAUUAUAUAAUUAUAAUUUUGUGCUUUUGCCAGGGAGCAUUGUGAUCUUGUAUUACCAUGAAAAGUCAUAGUCAAAUAAUCAUUAAUGCAUUAUACUAAUAUAUAUAUAUAUAUAUAAAUAUAUGUAUAUUAACAUUUCACUGCUCACUUAUUUUUGUGAUAUUGAUAAAAAAAAAAAAUUAAAAAAAAAACAUUUCACAAAAAAAAAAUAAGAAUAAUUUAACACUCCUGGCAUUUUUUGUUUGUCUAAACUAUUAAGCAAUAAUCACUUUUAUUAAGCGAUAUGUGUGUAUGACCUAUGUGUAACAAAAACUAUAAACUUAUAAUGAAUUGCGACAACUUAUUAAAGCCCUAUUUGUCCCUAACCCCAUCAUCUAAUCAUUUAUAUGAGUUAGAAAACUAUUUUCCUCAGAAUUGAAUGCAUUAUACCUUUACAUAUUGAAAUGUUGGUCCCAUAUGUGAUUUUAACUUAAACAUUCGUUUUGAUUUUGAUUGUAUAUUUGGGUAUUAUAUUUCCUACUGAAUUAGUCUGACCCGUAAUCAUUCGCAUACUCUUAGCCAUUCAUGAGUGCAUUCCUAAACAUUAUAGUCCUUUUUAAGCAAUACUCAUUUUGUCCAUUUGUUUUCUUUAGUUUUUAUUUUUAUAUAAUAUAUAUAUAUUAUAUUUAUAUGUAUAUAUAUAUGUAUUAUAUAGAUACAUAAUUUGAUGUUAUUGAUUAUUCUUUAGUUUAUUUACAAAGUUCCUCAUGGGUGAUUACCUCAGUAGAAUUUAAAAAUUCUCAUUAAAACCUUUUAAUUCAAUUCAAUUGACCAUAUGUGUCAUGUGCAUUUUAUUGUAUUUUUGAAAACGACACAUAAAAGGAAUACAUAUUUAAAGAAUAUAACAUGUUUCAUAAUCAAAAAAAAAAAAAAAAAUUAAAUAUAACUAAUAAAUGAUAAUAAAAUAUGUAAAAUGAACAUUUUUUUAAAAAAAGUAAAAAGGGGGUCUUAUUGUGUUUCAUAUUUUAAGUUUUAUCCUUACGUGUUAACUUUUCAUUACCUAUAUUUAUUCAUCAUUUUACCUAUUUGUUAUGUCGAAUUCAUAUCGAAACACAGAUUUGUGAUUAAAAAGUGCCACGAUGUUCAAUUAGUUAAAUAUUUAAAGAAUAAAACUGAUAAUAAAGUUAAAAAAAAAAAAAAAAACGAGUGUAAUAACUGUAAUAUUUAUGAAAAAGUUAAUUUUAAGUAAAGCGUUAUUUUAUUUUUAAUGUGAUCCUUAAAAUCGCAGAGCCUAUUGAUGGAUAAUGAUGUUUUUUUAUGAGACUGAUAAUGAAUAUUGAGAGUGUCUCUCGUGCCCAUGCGACUAGAAAUGUGUGUCUCUAGGCUCGUAGGAAGUAACGUGCGGUUUUUUUUAAUCUAUAGACAAAUAAUUAAGUAAACGAUUAAGGGUGAUUGUGUAGGUACAUAUUCAAUGUGUUUAUGCGUAUUCUAUUUGUUCCCCAAAUCGUUAUUAAGUGUGUUUCUCCAAUAAUUAUAAAAUGUUCUAAACAUAUAAAUAAUAAUAAAUUAGGGAUUAGACUUUGUCGCGUAAUUUUGAGCUUGCAAUUUGUUCUCUUUAUUUUAAAUGACCGGGGGGCUGGGUAUUAGUAUUCUCAAAAUAUUUAAAUUCAUACUAGUUGUAUUUGUAACCAUGUGAUUGAUAUCAUUAAUAAAACUUGUAAAUGUUAAGUGUAGUGUACUGUUUAUUUUUGUUUAUUAUUAUUAUAAUUAUUAUUAUUGGUUUUUUUUUCGGGAAAUUGGUGAAUUAAAUUUAUUAUAUUGUAUGCACAACGUAAAUAAUGUUGAUCUGGUGUGUUAAUGUGUUCAACUAAAAUAUUUACGUUUUAAUGUUGUGUACGCCUUGAACAACACUUUUAACCACUGCCCCCUACCACUGGUUACCGGUAUAUUCUGCUUAUAUUCUAGCACUAUAUUAUAAUAUAGUGUGUACUUAUUCAUGUUAAAAUAUUUUGUUGAAAUAUAUAAGAUAUGUUACCAAAUUAAUCAAGUGAUUUCUUUACCAGUAUCUAUUAUUUUUCAUGUUUUCGUUAAAUGUUUCAUAUGUAACAAUAUAUCGCAAAUUGUAUUUCCUAUUAAAUUACUGUCUUAUUUAAUCACGUCGUUUGUAGUAAGAAUUGUAGCGAGCGUUCAAAUAAAUUAUAAUAGAGGAUCUGCGAAGGUACGAUAAUUUCAAUAUCACGAUCCCAGUAAUAACAAUAUGUUCUCAUGAACCAGCAGUCAUUACAAGCAAAGAAAAGACUAAACAAUAUUAAGUAUUUGAUAAAAUAGAUAUUCUUAGAUACCUAUUAUUAAAAGAAUAAAUUAAUUUAUACAUAAAAUAUCUAAACUAGUCCAGUUCUUUAACCUUACUUAACCAACAGACAAUCAUAUUGUUUGUUGAUAGUUUGACAAUAAUAAUAAUAACAUUUUAAUAAAUUAAUAUAAAAAAAAAAAUACUCAAUUACUAACUUUUUACUGACCAUAAUGUAUAGGGGUUUAACAUAUCUGUUAUAUUAUUAUUAUUAUAAAUCCGAUAAAUAUGUUAUCCGCUUCCCGCGUAUUUUAUUUGUCAGUAACCAUAAUUUGUUAUCAAUGUGAUUUUGCCGGUUAGACUGAAAAUUUUUUUAUUUUCUCGUUGGGUUUUGUACGAAACAAUAAUAUUAUUAUGUAUGUGCGCGCAUGUGUGAUUUCUACAAUUUGUGAAAAGAAAAAAGAUAAUAUUUUCCAAUUUAAAUCUCAUAUCUUAUAAAUUAUUUUUUUUUUAAUAAUUUAUUAAAAAUAAUUAUUUCGAGAUAUUUCCAUUAUAUAUAUCAUAAUUAAUAGCACAUUUUUAUAUUCAGGGGUAACUGAAGUUUUCGUCUUAUUUUUGCUCAAAAGUUAUAGGUCUCUGCGCACUAUGAUUUCCAUUUUAGUGAUUUUUGCAAGUCUGUUAUUAAUCAAUUAUUUUGCUGCGGAUAUGGUUUACCAAAAAAAAAAAAAAAUAAUAAUAAUAAUAUAAAUAAUGAUAAACAGGGUUAAUGUUAUACCAAUUUUUAAAAUUUUCUUCUCGCUUUGUUCGCCGUAUUAUUAUUAUUAUUAUAAAUAUUAUAGAAAAAAAAAGGUUUCAUAUUUUUUUUUCGUGAGUAUUGAUGUUGGCAAAACGAAUAAAUAAAACUGAUGUAAAAUAAAUGUAUAUAUAUAUAUUUAUAUAUAUGUAUGUAUGUAUAGAGAGAGAGUGAGAGAGAGAGAGAGAGAGAGAGAAGCUCAAUCCGCACAAAGGUAUAUAUUUCUUUUACAACACCAAUGUGAAUAAUAUUAUUAAUAACUAAAAAAUAAUUAAUAUCAGUAUAUUAUAAUAUUGUAUCGAUAUCGAUAUCAAUAUCGUAAUUAACAUAUAUUCAUAUGAAUUAUAUAUCUUCGCGUAAUAUGGCGAUGUUCUGUUUUUCCUAUCUGUCAUUUUUAACAUGAUUUUUUGUUUUUCAUGGUGUGUAUUUAUAUUUUAUGGUAAACAAAAGUGGACCCCCUGGAUAUUUCAUUGUGAUAUCAAUAAUACGAGUGCAAACGAUGCUAUAAGUACCGUAUAUUAUUAUGUAUAAUAUGGUAUUGAGAACCGAUACCUAAGGUUGAUGAUUUAUAUUUACAUAUAUAUCAAAUCUAGAUGCUAUUCUAUUGUGUAUAGACAUUAUAUUCGCUUCCCAGCCGCCAUCAACCUUAAAAUCUGUCUUCCUUAAAACGUGUAUCUACAUAUUAUAAAUACAUAUAUAAAUGUGCGUUUCGAACCUCUCAAACGUUUACAAAUAAAAUAUGUGCCUUAACACAAAUGUUUAUCAAUUAAAUAUUUUUGUGCCUACCUAUCCUCUUGCUCUCUAAAAAUUGUUCUCUUUUAUAGAAUUUCAAUUCAAUAUAAAUAUAUAAUAUAAUUAAUAUUACCCGUAACACAGUGUUAAUGUAUGUAGUUCCCUGUGCGAGAAACAUAUUUUUGCAUACAAUUAACAUAAUAUUUUAUGCAUAUGUUUGUAUAUAUACGAAAAGGACCAAAAACUUAAAUGUAUGGGUUUCGACGUGUUUAAAAGUAUUUUUUUUGUUUUUUUGUUUUUGCCAACGCCGAUUUUCAUAAGAAAAAAUUAUGUUUACAAAAAAAAAAAAAAAAUAGUCGACUUAUUUUAAAUUUUCGUGUGUGCCGCUAGUUUUAUUUUACACAAUAUAUUUAAUAACUCUAGUCAUGCCUAGUGGUAAAUGUAUAUCAUAUUAUAUUAUUAUAUUAUACUUGGGAGAAAAAACAUCGUUGAACUAUGUUUAUUUAUUUAAUUUUAUUUUUUAAUCAUAUAAAAAUUAUAAUGUAUUAUAAAAAUUAGUUAAGAAUAUAUUAUUAUUAUUAUUAUACAUAUAUGUAUAUAUAUAUAUAUAUUUAUGUAUGGAUAAUAUAUCUAAAUUGGUCACAGAACAUACUUAGAAAUUAAUAAUGAAAUGGAAAUGUUUUAACUUUAAAAUCGUAUUAAUUUAUAUAAUAUAUACCUAGACGGUGAUGGAAACUUAUUGACCAUUAUAAUAUAUUAUUAUUUAAUAGUUUAUAUUUCUGCUUUGAGAAAUAAAAUAAGAUACCGCCUGAAAACUAACUUGGACGUCUUUUUUUAUUAUUAUCAUUAUUAUGUAUACAUAAUAAUUUUAAAAAAAAACGAGUAUCGGAGACUUACAUUUAACGAAAUCUCAAUGUUCACUGCUAACAUUAUCAAAUGGAUUUGCCUUAUAUCGUAUGUUUUAUAAGAAAAAUACAUAUUUUAUGGCAUUUGACCCAUUUUUAAAAUUUUUUUUUUUAAGUGACUAAGUGGCCUUUUAGUGGUAUUUUUUGUUUUAUUUAAGAUGAGUCGUACAUAUUAUACAUAAUAUAUAUAUAUAUAUAUAUAUUUAAUUAUUAUAAAUUUUAAAUGUAUUACCAUGUAAUCGAGUGAUAAUAAUUGCAAUUUUUAACCAACUAAUAAUUUUUGUACCUGGCUGUUAAAGAUUUCUGAUCGAAUUUUCACUUAAAUAUCUUAUGGGCGCGAAAUGGCCCUAUAAAAAUGACGUACACAUUGUUUUCCUUUCUAUUUGUGGUUUUUAAAUUACCUAUGCAAUUAUUAUGUAAUGUUUUGUAUCUAUUAGCUAAGGCCAAAAUUAGAAUGGAAACAUACAUUUACGUAUAAAUAUAUUAAUAUAUAUAUAUGUAUAUAUAUUUAUAUAUAUUACAACUUAAUUAUUAAUAAUGUUUAAGAAUUAUAUUUAAUGAUUAAAAAAUAUUAUGUAUUUAAUAUACUAUUGAGAAAACAUUAAUUUUAGUAGCUGUUGUACGUGCAAUAUAGGUAUAUUGCUUUCUCUCUUGGUUAUAAUAAAAUGAUAUUAUCUUAGCGAAUAUUAUUAACCCAUUUUGAUUGUUUUGUAAUUAUUCGUAAUUCAAUAAAGGUUGUAAUUAAUUA